AAAGCUCCGGACUUUGCGUUUCCAGGUGAUUGGUAAAUCGUGGAUGUAGGCAGGCCCGACCUUCGCUUAUGCAGAUCCACACGAUAGCGAGAUAAAGACGGCUCUAUCGGGCUGCUUGUGCCACUCCGCGAGUGCCACGGGGGUGUGUUUAAAAUCCCGCAUACAGAGUCCAAACCCGUGCCUCAAGGCAGCGGAGACGCUGCUCAGUGGAGAGCGGAGACUGUCAGAAAAAUACGGCGUAGACUCGGAAGCAAUACUUGUAAGGCAGCCUCUCCAGAAAAAGUUUCAAUGGUUUUCCGAAAGUUGCCCGGUGUGUCGGCAUCGGGCAUGGGUCUGCGCCUGUCCCAGAAAUUCGUCUUUCUGCUCUUCCUCUCGGGUUUGGUAACGCUGUGUUUCGGGGCCCUUUUCUUUCUACCGGACUCCGUCCGGCUGAAACGCAUUUUUCUGUCAAAGACAGAGAGCCAGCCGGUCACCGUCGGCUCCGGGUCCGAGAACGAUGCCCGGGAGCACUCGAAGAGACCCAAGGACCAGGAGCACGCUCCGCGGGGCAUGACCUCGGCCAAGGGAGAGACCAGCACCAAGCUGAGGAGUCUGAGCCGCAAGCCGUCCGUCUCUCACGAGGCGACGGAGGAGCGGCUGGCCGGGGGCAAGGCACAGGAGGAUUUGACCCUGCCCAGGUCGAGAGCGGAGUCCGCCUCGGAGAGAGCGACCCCCUCUGAACACGGUGCCAACCCGGAUACUUACAGUUACGAGAAGUUCAGGGGGUGUCUGCUCAAACCCCCGCUGGGGAGAGACAGCGGCAGGCCGAGCGACCCCAAGACCAACGAGCGCCGGGAGAAAGUCAAAGAGAUGAUGAAGUUUGCCUGGGACAACUACAAGCGCUACGCCUGGGGCAAGAAUGAACUGCGGCCUUUGACGAGAAACGGGCAUAUUGGCAACAUGUUUGGUGGCCUGAGAGGAGCAUCCAUCAUUGACUCACUGGACACACUGUAUAUAAUGGGACUGAUGGACGAAUAUAACGAUGCCAAGGAGUGGGUGCAGACCAGCCUGGACCUAAACUCAAACGGCGAGGCAUCACUCUUUGAGGUGAACAUCCGUUACGUCGGCGGGUUGCUGUCAGCAUAUUACCUGACAGGAGAGGAGAUGUUCAAGAAAAAAGCAGUGGAGCUGGGAGAGAAGCUGUUGCCUGCCUUCAACACGCCAACAGGAAUACCCCGAGGAGUCAUCAACCUGGGGAGCAGUGGAACCAGUUGGAGCUGGGGCUGGGCCUCAGCCGGGAGCAGCAUCCUGGCUGAAUUCGGGACCCUUCACCUUGAAUUCGUCCAUCUGACCGAGCUUUCCAGCAAUCCCAUCUACACAGAGAAGGUGAUGAACAUCAGGAAACUUCUGAACAGGAUUGAAAAACCCCACGGCCUGUAUCCCAACUUCCUCAGUCCUGUCAGUGGCAACUGGGUCCAACACCAUGUUUCCAUCGGUGGCCUCGGGGAUAGUUUCUAUGAGUACCUGAUCAAAUCGUAUCUGAUGUCAGACAAGACAGAUGACGAUGCAAAGAAGAUGUACUACAGCGCACUGGAGGCAAUUGAAGCGAACCUGGUACAGAAGUCACCUGGUGGUCUCACCUACUUGGCUGAGUGGAGAGGUGGGAUCCUGGAUCACAAGAUGGGCCACCUGGCCUGCUUCUCUGGGGGAAUGAUCGGCAUUGGGGCUGAUGAUGGAGCUCCGGAGAAGAGGCAACACUACCUGGACCUGGCCGCCGAGAUCACGCACACAUGCCACGAGAGCUACACGCGCUCAGCCACCAAACUGGGACCCGAGGCGUUCAGAUUCGACAGCGGAGCUGAGGCCACAGCGACCAGGCUGAGCGACAGAUAUUACAUCCUACGGCCAGAGGUCAUCGAGAGCUACAUGUACAUGUGGAGACUCACCCACGACCCCAAGUACAGAGAGUGGGGUUGGGAGGCCGUUGAGGCCCUCGAGGAGCACUGCAGAGUGGAGGCUGGCUUCUCUGGGAUCCGGGACGUUUACACCAUGACAGUCAGCCACGAUAACAUGCAGCAGAGCUUCUUCCUCUCAGAGACACUCAAGUAUCUGUACCUGCUCUUCUCUGACGAUGACCUUCUCCCACUGGAGGACUGGGUCUUCAACACAGAAGCCCACCCGCUGCCCACUAUCCGUACGGGCUGCCUGCAGGACAAAGCCACACAGGAUAAGACAGUCUCUGAAUAGGACUGAACACCACCCAAUAAACAGACAGUUACAGACACAUCUGCACUGGUCAUGUACACACACACACACACACACACACACACACACACACACCACACACACACACACACACCACGUCACACAAAUACAAACAGCGAUUCAAUGCAGGUUCAGAGUCUUUUCAGGAGCGUGUUAUGGACUCUCAAUCUCAACUCUCUCAAUUCCUUUCCAGUAAAGGAUGUUGUCGUUUUAUGCUGUGAUUGUAGAUCCUUUCGCCGGGGUUACUUCCUGCUGGCAUUUCUUUUUUUGUGGACAAUCAAGACAAACAUGACUUUCAUGAAAAGAGCACCUUUUUCUUUCCUUCUUUCCUCUGUGAGGAAAACCAGUAUAACUUGCAGACCCAAAUGUGUGGGAGGAGGCUAGAUCUAUGGGCCAUAUUGUUAGAAAGCGAGAGAAACAUAUAGGAAACCACUUGAGUUUUGCUCUUUGAUUUCACUGUUUCGUUAAUCUUGAGUGAUGAAUGAUUUCCUCAGAUCUUGUCAUUGCAUUUUCUCCUUUGUGAGUACACCCUUUGACCUAAGGUUUCUUUGCAUUUCUAUUUCCCUCUUUUCCAGUGAUGUGUUUUUGCUGAGAUUUGACAGAAAGUAACAUUUACUAUAAGGAUUGAAUUGCAAUGAAUAUUGAUUAAUGUACAGACAAACACGAAAUGUGAAUUUCAAAAAUCCACCUCCAAACUAAUGUUGAUGUCAUGUUUCGUAAUGAAACAAGCUUGAAUUAAUUUUUUCAAGUCAGGAAGUGUCAGGAAAGUGGCAGCGUCUCAUGCAUCCAGGGACCUUUUUUUCUUUUUCUUUUUUUUUCCAAAUGAUGUUGGGUUGUGUUCCACUGUCUGCUUGGGUUGCUUUUUGAACAGGACAAUGCUUUCUCAGUCCUCUCAGCCUUUCAAAUCAGAGUAACAAAUGGAGUUCUGUGACUGUAAUACAAGCAUAAAAGGAAAAGGAACGCAUUUGCCAGCUAGCUCCAAAUGGGCUUUUCUGUUGUAGUUUUUCACCCUGCCUUUACAUGUGAAUCCAUACAGCUGCCAAUACUGAUGUUAAAGGCUGUUAGACUGCAGAGACAAGUUUUCAUAUUCAUCACUGCUGUCCUGCACAGUUGUAGAGCGAAUGUGCUGUACAUACCCCUUGUAUGAGCUUGUCUUGACUUUAUUUCUAAACUUCAGUGGUUAUUUUUUUCUGGGUUCUCAUUUAAUUUGCUUCCCUCAGGUGUUUCAGGAAAAAAAAAAAAAAAAAAAAA